AUGGCUGCAUUUGGUGGAGUUUUGAGCAAGGAAUGGAGAUUUUGGGGGGAAUUGGGUCCUAUUAGAAAUUACAAAUACAAAUCAGGAGCUCAAAAAAGAAAUGAGAAAUUAAGGAAAGAAGUCUUGCAAAAAAGUCAGAAUCAAUUUGAUAUUGAAAGUAAUGAGAAUGAGAAAACUUCAAGUAAUGUGAUUGAAAAUGAAGAACUGAAUCAAACUGUUAAUGAGAAUGAGAAAAGUUCAAGUGAUGUGAAUGAAAAUGAAGAACUGAAUCAAACAGUGAGUGAGAAUGAGAAUGAGAAAACUUCAAGUGGUGUAUUCAACUUUCCUUUUGAUAUUGAUGAUCUAGGAGAUUGGGAUAGGAUUGAAUUACUUGCUGAAUUUGAUUCAACUAUGCAAGAACAUGUUCGUCGUAUUUUAAGAGAAAGUCCAAUAUUUGUUUAUGAGUAUUUUCUAGGAUUCAUAAAAGUUCAUGACACAUCAGGGCUUGGUUUGCUUAAUGAACUUUUAGAUGCGUUGAAUAUUCUUGGACUAGAGGUUGAUAAUAUAAGAGGACAAGGAUAUGACAAUGGGUCUAAUAUGAGAGGAAAGAAUAAAGGUGUACAAACUAAGCUACUUGAAAUGAAUCCUAGAGCAUUUUACACUCCUUGUGCCUGUCAUUCUCUAACUCUUUUACUUUCUGAUAUGGCUCAUUGUUGUCCCAAGGUUAUAUCUUUUUUUGGUGUGGUACAACGGAUAUACUCGUUAUUUUCAGCUUCUACAAAAAGAUGGAAAGUAUUUAGAGACCAUGUACCUGGUCUCACUGUUAAGCCAUUAUCAGAAACGCGUUGGGAAAGUCGUGUUGACAGUGUUAAAGUAAUAAGAUUCCAAGCUCCACAAAUAAAAGAAGCUUUAAAUUACUUCGCAGAAAGUAAUGAAGAUGCCAAAACAAAAAGUGAUGCUGAGACUUUAGCAACAUAUAAUAUUCAUAAUUUUGAGUUCUUGGUGAGUAUGGUUAUUUGGUAUGAUUUGUUGUUUGCUAUUAAUUCUGCUAGCAAGAUCCUACAAAAUGAAGAUAUGCAAAUUGAUGUUGCUAUCAAAGAGUUAAAGUACUUUCAUUUCUUCAAAAGUAUAGAGAAACUGGUUUUGAGAAUGCUUUGA